AUGAAGCGAGAGAUCAUCAUUGACUGGAAGGCGGUCACCGGUUACCUGCGCACUUUCUUUCCGAACGUCAAUGGCAAGAUCGAAAACGUUGAGCUUGCACCAGCCAGCAUGACCAUAGUCACUCCUUGGCGCGGAGAUGCAGAGAGAGAAGACCAUUAUGGGCUUGAUAUGCUAUUGCUAGUCAAAAUUGGCCUCUGUCGACCAGACUUCACCUGUCGUCUCGUCCACGAUACGGCUAGCCUGCAGCUUUACGACGAGGAUGAAGAGAAACAUCGAGAGGGAUAUAAAUUCACGGACUGGAUCGAAGAAGACGCAACACCCGUAGAGAAGAUGAUGUGUAAUCGACACCCACGGUGGAUAUCCGAUAUCGAGACCGGUGAGAUCACCAGAAUCAUGGUUUCCAACAUCGGUGUUAGCACUUCGCCCCAGGCAGCGUUCUACCUUAAAUCUCGGCAAUUGCUCGAGCACCUGGACGCUGAGGAUGAGGAAUUUGAAGGAGACACAUUGGAAGAAGCUUAUUUCAACAGAAUUGGCGUUGAUCCAUAUUGGGGAGAGUUUCCGGAGUUUCCUGGCCUAAGGAUUGAGGUGUGA